GUAUUAGGAGGAUAUUUCAUCUGGACACAAGAUGAACUGAAGAACUGAAUCUUACUACUCUUGUCUAUUGCUGAGGGAGAUUUGUGUGACACUUAUGCUGUGGGAGCUAAUGACCUAUGGAAAAAUAUAUAUAUAUUUAUAUUUUUAAUUUAGAAAGCAAAAGUUUGGAUUGCCGUAUGCUGUAUUUUUUUUAGUUAGUGUGUUAGAAUAGUAGGGGCGUAAGAUUUAAAUCAUAUUUGGUGUUUUAGUACAUUUUGACAUGUUUAGUCAAAAUAGGGAACAGGACUAUGCAAAAUUACAUUUUUAAGGGAAUUGCUUUAUUUUGAAAUGACAAUCUGUAAAUCAUACUUCCCUUAGAAGUUUCUUUAUAAUACUUUAGCUAAUUUUAGUGAAAGUUAAAAGUUUAUUUUAUAGUGUUUACAUCAAAGGGCAUAAAUCUAGGUCCUUUAGUUAUCCACCUGAUUUGUCUAGAAUGGGAGCAUCUAUCAUAUACCCCAGAGCAAUGUCUUCGUCAUGGCCCCUAUUCUACAUUUUCCUCCUUUUCCUUUCAACAUCUGCGGUUCCUCGCGUCUCCCGCCGCCAAACCCCUAGUUGUCCCCGGGUCUGUGAGCUUUCCCGUUGCGUGCGCACUCCAUUACCAUGUCCAGCUGGUGAGGUGAGGGAUGCAUGUGGGUGCUGUCCAGUUUGUGGAGCAGGUGAGGGAGAGGUCUGUGGGCAACGUGGGGGUCCCCCCUGUGGAGAAGGUUUGGAGUGUGUUCUGCCUAAUACCGCAGGGACAGUGAAGAAGAUAGUGGGCGUUUGUGUUUGUAGUACCGGUGAACCAGUAUGUGGAAGCGAUGGAAGAACCUACAGGAAUGUGUGCCAUCUUAAAGCAGAGAACAGACAGGCAAGAUUGCUCAAUUCACCACCUGCUAUCCACAUCCAGAAGGGACCAUGUGAAACAGGUUCUCGCUACCCUGACAGCCUAAGAUACAAGUUUAAUUUCAUAGCAGAUGUGGUCCAGAAAAUCGCGCCUGCUGUUGUACACCUGGAAUUGUUUAAAAGAUCCCCUUUUACGGGCCAGGAGAUGGCUGUGUCCAGUGGCUCUGGAUUUAUUGUGUCUGAAGAUGGUCUAAUAGUGACAAAUGCCCAUGUACUGACAAACAAACAACGCAUUAAGGUGGAAGUGAAAGAUGGUGCUCAUUAUGAUGCUACAAUAAAAGAUAUUGAUCAGAAAAUCGAUAUAGCAUUGAUUAAGAUCAACCCAGAUUCUCCCCUACCGGUUCUCAUGUUGGGUAGAUCUGCUGAUCUGAGGCCGGGAGAGUUUGUGGUUGCCCUGGGAAGCCCCUUUUCUCUACAGAACACAGUGACCACAGGGAUCAUCAGUACCACACAGAGAGGUGGCAAAGAAUUGGGGCUCAAAGACUCCGACAUGGAUUACAUCCAAACAGAUGCAAUAAUAAAUUAUGGAAACUCAGGAGGGCCACUUGUAAAUCUGGAUGGAGAGGUUAUAGGCAUAAACACUUUAAAGGUGACUGCAGGCAUUUCUUUUGCGAUUCCCUCUGACCGUAUUAAACAAUUCCUAGCUGAAUCUCAUGACCGACAGCUUAAGGGAAAGGCUCUUCCAAAGAAGAAAUACAUUGGAGUCCGGAUGCUUCAGCUUUCCACAAAUCUAAUACGGGAACUCAAAAUGCGAGACAGAGAUUUCCCUGAUGUCACCUCUGGAGUUUAUGUGUUUGAAGUCAUUCCAGGAACAGCAGCUGCUAAUGCAGGUAUGAAAGACCAUGACGUUAUCAUCAGUAUUAAUGGGAAGAUGGUAAGCAGCACAGACGAGGUGAGCGAGGCAGUCCGGAAAAAUGAAACAUUGUCCAUAGUGGUGCGUCGCGGAAAUGAAGACAUCAUCCUCAACGUGGUGCCUGAGGAGAUGGGUUAAGAUCGCGCCCGCAUCUUCCAGCAGUCUUAUCAAGAUCACUUUUACAUCAUGUUGAGUUCAUUGUGCAGAAAACAGUUAGACUCAGAAACCUUCAAUUGUCUCAACCUUUGAACUCUUUGGUUGGCUAGGUAUUCAACUUUGCAAAUUAUUCAGUUUAUUACGUAGUUAUAUCAAAUAUCCCAUUGCUACACAAACUGCAAUAGUAAAUAAAAAUAUAUAGAAAAAAAAUAUGUUUGCAGGUUAUGUUUAAUUAGUGAUUCAGUGUUAUUUGUUUAGUAAUCAGGUUUUUAAAAACUUUAUUUUAAGUCUGAACCUAGUUUAGAUGCAAACACAAAUUUCCAAACAUCCCUUUUUGUAAUGACAUAAAAAGGUGAAUAGCUAUGGCACUUAAAGAGGGUGAGAACUGAGAAGCUAUGGCUUUUAAAGAAGAUGAGCACAUAUGACUUUUAAAGAUGAGCAUUUAUGACAUCUAAAGAUAUAGCAACUGAAAAUUAUAACACUAUAGGAAAGACAUUUUUAGUUGCAAAACCAGAAAUUCUUGAUGUCAAGAAAUAGGAAGCAUAUUAUUUGAAAUGACAUUUUUAAUGCAAGUACAACAUUUCAAAGAAAAUAGACAACAAUAAAAACACACUAGAAGAUAUCCUUAAUCAUGCUGGCUUCUACAAUAUAUACAUAUAUUAUAUAGCUUUAUAAUAUUUGAGUAGUGGGUCUAUCUUAAGCGUAUAAACAUAUGAAUCUUAAAGUAUAGAAAAAAGUGUCCCGCAUCAAAAAAAAAUGUGUAACUAUUCUAGAGCUAGGCAUAAACAAAUGCUUAUGAGAAUAUAUAUUUUUAUAUUUUAUGUUUUUUAUUGUCAUUUUUUUUUUAAUUAACAAAGAUGUUUUUCUGAUUAAAGGAUUCAACCAAAAUAAAAACGUUGUAAAUUGUUGAAAAAUGAAAAUGAUGGCUUUGAAGUUAAAUAGAAGUGAGGUAAAUCAUUUUGGGGUUCAUUUACUACAAGAAAACAGAAUAAAGCAUUAUAUUUUCUCACAAUACAAAACUCCAGAGUUCCAUUUCUGGUCUAAGCAAGGUCGGCAUUCAAAGAAUUCCAGAUUUUUGCAAAAUAUAUCAAAAUAAAUGUAUGUAAAUUGUGUUUUACAUCUGUAUUGUAAUAAUAUUAUAUCGUCUGAAAGCCAUAGAAUUUGAAAAUAAAGAACCAUUAAACUUUACAUUUCAACAACGCAUAAAA